GUGGUGUCGGGCACUGCGGGGCGGGCGGGGGCUCAGCCCCGAGCAGCAGCAGCCGCCGCGGAGGAGCUGAGAGGCGAGGCGAGGCGAGGCGCGGCGCUGCGGGGAGCUCCGACCCGCGGAGCAAGAAGGGUUCCCCGGGGCUGCGGGGCAGGAGUCCGCGAUGCCGCUCGCCCGCCCACUGCCCUCCGCCUGAGGCAGUGCUGGCACCGGCGGGCUGGGCUCGCUGCAGGGCUUGAGGGGCAUCUUUUCCCCCCUCUGUUUGAGACGUGUGCCCCGGGCAGCCGCAGCCGGUGCCGAGGGCUCGUCUGAAACCCGAGCGCAGCCCUCGCUGCCGCCACCAUGGGGGGCAACCUGGGCUGCCACCGCUCCAUCCCCAGGGACCCCUCGGACAUCUGCCACAGCCGCAAGUUCAGCGCCGCCUGCAACUUCAGCAACAUCCUCGUGAACCAGGAGCGGCUGAACAUCAACACGGCCACGGAGGAGGAGCUGAUGACCCUCCCCGGGGUCACCAGGAUGGUGGCCCAGAACAUCGUGGAGUACCGAGAGUACAUCGGCGGGUUCAAGAAAGUGGAGGACUUGGCGCUGGUGAGCGGGGUGGGGGCGGCCAAGCUGGAGCAAGUGAAGUUCGAGAUUUGCGUGAGCAGCAAAGGAGGCUCUGCCCAGCAUUCGCCCAGCUCGCUGAGGAAGGACCCGAACCCGGAGCACCACCUCUGCGCCGCCAAAGUCAACAUUAACACGGCCACGCCGGCCCAGCUCAUGAGCAUCCGUGGUGUCACGGAGAAGAUAGCCAACAGCAUCGUCGAUUACCGCAAAGAGCACGGGCCCUUCAAAAGCAUUGAGGACCUGGUGAGGAUGGACUGCAUUAACUCCUCGUUCUUGGACAAAAUCAGGCAUCAGAUUUUCGCAGAGAGGUCCCGGCCCCCUUCCACCAAUACCAAUGGCGGCCUCAAUUUCACCGCCAAGCCUCACCCCAGCCCUACCUCUCUGAGCUUGCAGAGUGAGGACUUGGAUUUCCCACCUGGGGGCCCGACCCAGAUUAUAUCCACCCGUCCCACUGUGGAGAUGUUUGGUGGGGUGAGGGACGGCAGGCCUGUGCUGCGGGUGGCCACCUGGAACCUGCAAAGCUGCUCCACUGAAAAGGCCAACAACCCAGGCGUGCGUGAGGUUGUGUGCAUGACACUGCUGGAGAACAGCAUCAAGCUCUUGGCUGUGCAGGAGCUGACUGAUAGAGAUGCACUGGAAAAGUUUUGUAUGGAGUUGAACCAGCCAACUCUGCCAAACAUCCGCAAGUGGAAGGGCCCUAGAGGAUGCUGGAAGGGUGUUGUUUCCGAGAAGCCCUCAGGCCAGCUACAUAAGGGUGUUGAAUAUUCAGGUUUCCUCUGGGACACGACUGCUGGCAUUGAGCUAAGAGAUGCUUCGUGUCAGGAGAAUGCUCACACCAAUGGCAAUGGGAAGCACAUCUAUCCUCAUCAUUAUCUUGCCCAUUUCAAGGUUGGAAUGAAUGAUCUAACACUAGUUAACCUUCAUCUGGCCCUAUCACAUUCAGCUGGAGAGAACACAGGGAAGAAUCAUGAUAGCCACAGAUUAGCAACCUUUGCACAGACUCUGCAGGAAACACUGAAAGGUGAAAAAGAUGUGAUCAUCUUAGGAGAUUUUAAUCAAGCCCCAGACAGCAGCGACUAUGAUCUGUUAAGAAAAGAAAAAUUCCAUCACCUAGUCCCUGCAAACACAUUUACAAACAUCAGCACAAAGAACCCUCAAGGAUCUAAGUCUCUGGAUAACAUCUGGAUUAGCAGGAGCUUGAAAAAGGUUUUCACAGGUCACUGGGCUGUGGUGAGAGAAGGUCUUACAAAUCCCUGGAUCCCUGAUAACUGGUCCUGGGGUGGCGUAGCUUCAGACCAUUGCCCCAUAUUAGCCGAAUUUUACAUGGAAAAGGACUGGAACAGAAAAGACGUGACCCGAAAUGGAAAUGGGGUAACCGUCGAACGUAAUGACUCGAACACGAAACAUGAACGAUGAUGAUGUAGAGCAUGGCCCCUCUGUUCCAGUUUCUGUGGGGACAGGCAGCAGCUCCCUUUGCUUGAGCCUCAACUGUGAAGCAGAAGCAUCUUUCUCUCCUCAUUUAGAAAGCAUCCAGCGCCUGCUCUUGAUGUUCCCUCCUUUGUGCGCCUCACAGAUGAUUUUAGGGCAUCUCAUUGCAAUAGAGCAAUUUGUAACUUUUUCUGGGAACACCAUGGACAUUUCUGUGCCUGGAACUUUGGAUGAGACUCAUACAGAAAAUAAAAUGCACUUUUAAUACUGUACAGUAUCUCUGUUAAAAUGCAAUAGAAAAAAGAUGUGCUUGUAGUUGAUGUUAGCUGAUUCCUUGUAAAGUGCAGCAAUAAUGGAUCCCUCUUCCCACCAAAAGAGUGAGCAGGUAAGGAAGAGACCUUGGAAACUGUCCGUGUUCUUUUAAGUUUGGCUUAGCACUUGAGAGAACUGCUAUGAUGUGUUCUUGAUUGCUUCAGGCGAAAGGGAUUGCACUGGAUGAUUCCCAAGGUCCCUUCCAAAAAAGCAUUAGUCUCUUGCCAAUGUGAUCUGAACUGAGAAUUACACUGGGCUGAACCAAUCCUUUCCAUCUCCUUGUGUAAGCCCAGAGUAAGAUCUGAGAAGCACAGUUCCUUCCUAUUCUCUGGAUCCCUUCCAUUCCCCCACAGUUCUCAUGGGAGUAGGGAAUAUACUUGGCAGAGUAGCACCUUAGAAACUAAUUUGUUCAGAGAGAUGUAAACUUUUGUAGGCUACAGACUACUUUAUCAGAUGCUAUGAAACUUCCAUAGUGUGAUACUCCAGCAACUAGGGGCUACCACCCUCUGCUUCUUCGCUCAGGAGAAAAUAUCAGGUGAGUAUCCCCUGCUCCUAGUUCUUUAACCUAAGAAAGUCUGACUGAGCAAGUCUCUCUGUGUGAUGAAGUUUCUUUCCUAUUACUGUGCCUGCUCUACAGCAAGAGGACUUCAAUCAAUAGGCUGUCAGUCCAGUGACUGCAACCAGGCCGUACCUUUGCACAUGUACAAAGUUAAAAAAUUCAUAAUUAGAGCUAAGCAGGAGAGAGAUUAAAGUAUUGCCAGCUAAAAUGAGCAAUUCAGCAUUUGUGAAAGGAAUGUGUUGAGUCUGAAGGAAUUUGAGUGAUGGCACUGCUGACUGCUCCAGGCUCCAUGGGACAAUUUUCAUGAUUAAUGGAAAGAAAAGGCUUAUAACAUUGUUGUGUGAUGGAGAGAAAGGAAAUGACAACAGCUUUGUAUUCAGGAAGGUUAUAACUGAAUGCUUAAAGGCAAAAUAUGUUAAUCUACUAACAGCAUUUUCACUGUCACAAGUUUUUGAAGUACUGUACUGUCUAAACUCAAACAGCAGUAACUAAGUAGUAUCACUUACAGUCCCCUUGUUAUUUUUGCAGGGGGAAAACCCCUAUUUUAAACAGAUUUUCUUAAUUUAAAGGUUCUGGAAUGAAAUAAAACAAUUUGGACCAGA